AAAAUAUCCAAAGAGAAAUAAAACUUAAUAAUCGUGCUUCUCUAAGAAAUUUUUGCCCUUUAUUGUUUUCCGUCGAAUCCCUGUCAACUUGUGUAAUAAUAAUAAUGGAUACGAUGUUCGGUAAACUUCACAAUCGAUUCAAGACUGUGGGCAACGUGGAAAGCAAGCGUACCGCAAUAAAACUCAUUGGAUUCUAUGCCAUGGGGUGGACUCUUCGAAAGCUGAUCAAGUGAACAAUCAGCCACAUGUCAAACAUCCAAAUCUUAAAGUGCAUUAACUUCUCUCUGUUCCCCGUGUUCCUAAUCCAAUAUCAUUUGUCAACAGUUUUAAAAAAUUGACUAUUAUCUGAAUUGAAAUUG